CGGGCCCGUGAACGGGUGCCCGAGGUAGCUGGGAAGUUGUGUUCUGUGCUCCCAGUCUCUCUGGGGCCCGGGCCGCCAUCCUGACGUAGCCACCGGGCGCGCCUCGCAAGAGCAGUGCAAGGUAGGAUAGGGCGUCGCCAACGGGACAGCGUCCUGAGGCAGCGCGUUCCCUCCAGGCUGCCGUAGGCGCCGGAGCCGGUGGCCACGUGACUUAGGGCUGCGCCAUGGCGGCCCCGAGGCCACUGUCCCGCUUCUGGGAGUGGGGGAAGAACAUCGUCUGCGUUGGGAGGAACUACGCGGACCACGUCAAGGAGAUGCGCAGCGCGUUGCCCAGCGAGCCCGUGCUCUUCCUGAAGCCGUCCACCGCUUACGCGCCCGAGGGCACGCCCGUGCUGGUGCCCACCUACUGCCGCACGCUGCACCACGAGCUGGAGCUGGGUGUGCUCAUGGGCAGGCGCGGCCGCGCAGUCCCGGAGGCCGCCGCCAUGGACUACGUGGCCGGCUAUGCCCUGUGCCUGGACAUGACCGCCAGGGAUGUGCAGGACGAGUGCAAGAAGAAGGGGCUACCCUGGACUCUGGCCAAGGGCUUCACGGCCUCCUGCCCUGUCAGCGCCUUCAUCCCCAAAGAGAAGAUCCCUGAUCCUCACGCCCUGAGACUGUGGCUCAAGGUCAAUGGAGAGCUCAGGCAGGAGGGCGAGACAUCCUCCAUGAUCUUUUCCAUUCCCUACAUCAUCAGCUACAUUUCUAAGAUAAUAACCUUAGAAGAAGGAGAUCUUAUCUUGACCGGGACGCCUGAGGGAGUUGGGCCAGUUAAAGAAAAUGAUGAGAUCGAGGCUGGCAUAGACGGGGUGGUCAGUAUGAGGUUUAAGGUGGAAAGGUCAGAAUAUUAAGUACACAGAGCGCCUUCACUUCCUGUCGGGAGAGAAGGGAGCAAGACAAACAAGUAAAGGUUAUUAAAUGUGACUAUCUUUUAAUAGAAACUACUUCUAAAGAAUGAUUCGAUUGAGUUGCUAAACCUCAGUCAAGAAAAAUGGACCCUUUGGAAAAAACAUGAUCUGGAUAAGCUGGGACAGAAUUUGAAACAACCAAAAUAAAGUGAUGCUUUCCACCAGGAGAAUGUAUUGAACCAAACCUUCAGAGGUCUGUUUCCUGAACUGAAUAAGACUUUUCAGUGAGUCUUUCCGGGAUCAGUAGUUCAAGACUUAAUAUCUGCGAAAUCAUGUUCCAAGUUCCUUGGGACUUGACAGUCAUCUAGAGGCAUGUGUGGAAAUAAAAAUUCCCAAAUUUACUGGCCCAUUCCAGACUAGCUGAAUCAACUAAUGGGAUUAAUCUCCAGGGAAGCUUUUUACAGAGCACUCCAACUGAUUCUUAACAGGGAAACAUGAAAAAUACUACUCCUUGUAAUCAGUUAACUUAGUUUUAUUUGUUACUGACCAGUUGAUGAAGACUGCUCCUGUUUACUUUAGGUGUCUAUACUGGUCUAUAGAUUCUGAGUUUGGGAGAUAAUUUUGAAAUUACUGUUUCCAAAUAAAUGUGCUAUAUUUGGUGUA